CAAAUCCAUUAAGUCCUUCUUUUGCUUGACGCAUACAACGCUCUCUUCAUCUUCAAAUCGCUUCUAUUCGUGCUACAUACUACUUUUUCCAAAGCACCCCAAAUCAACAAACUCUCCAUCAAAAUGAAGUUCUCCAUUGCCGUCAUUGCUGCUGCCUCUGGCCUCGCCGUCGCUGGCCCUGCUGCCCCCACCCCCGCCGAUGCUUUCGCCCUUGCCAAGCGCGCCUCUCUCCCCGUCCCAGCCUCCAAGGGAUCCGUUACCCUUAAGGCUGCUCAGGCUGUCAGUGGUACCUUCGAUGGUGGCAUGAAGACCUAUGGCCGUGGUGUCAGCUGCACUGGUCAGGCUGAGGGUGGCGACAAGGACGCUGUCUUCAUCAUCAAGAACGGUGGUACUCUCAAGAACGCCAUCAUUGGAAAGGACCAGAUCGAGGGUGUCCACUGCGAGGGUUCCUGCACUAUCGAGAACGUCUGGUGGGUCGACGUUUGCGAGGAUGCUCUCACUAUCAAGGGCGACGGUAGCGCCAUGGUCAAGGGCGGAGGUGCCCAGGCUGCCUCUGACAAGGUCGUCCAGCACAACGGAAAGGGUACGGUUACCAUUGACGGCUUCACCGUCAUGGACUUCGGCAAGCUCUACCGUGCCUGCGGUAACUGCAAGAACAGCGUCACCCGCAGCGUUGUCGUCAAGAACGUCAAGGCCUACAACGGAAAGGUCCUGACUGGCAUCAACCCCAACUUCGGUGACAGCUCCACCAUCACCAACACCUGCGCUACCUCCGUCAAGACCAUCUGCGAGGAGUUCAAGGGUACCACCCCCGGAAACGAGCCUUCCUCCGUCUCCAAGGGUCCUUCCGCCAACUGCAAGUACACCGCUUCCGCCAUCAAGGCUUGCUAGACGCCUCAUACCCGCAGUUGGUAGGAUAGAUGUGAGCUUGGAGAGUUUGAGACGGUGGUCUGGACUUUUGGAUUUUGGAUUCUUAGUGUAUAUACAACUUUUUUCUCAGCACAUAUUAAUACAUGCCGUGCAUGUUUUUUUCAAAC